AUGUAUCAGCUCAAUAUGAGUUUGCUGUGGAGGCUAAGAUACCUACUUGUGUCAUUGGCGCUCGUCAAUGCAGUACGGGCCCAUGGUGAUAUGAAUCCAGAUAAUCUGGAAGGUUUAACUAGUCCUGACAUUCAAUCUGCAGGUCCAAGAUCAUUCCAUUGGAUAUGUACAGUUUUAUUCCUGCUGCUACUGCCAUCGGUAGUGACAUGUCUGACGUUUGCAGGUAAGAUUUACUCUGCAGUCGUAUUCCAAUCGGUUUGUGGUAUUUAUGCUAUCUUAGAAGCUGCCAUUUUUAGGUUUAAUGAUAACAAUGGUAUCGAAAAUAGGACUUCUAGAGGUACUGCAUGGGUUUUAGCCCUAUUGGUUUGGACUGCUAUUUUUUUUGGUGGCCUGGCAAGUGGAACUAGUGUACUCAUUAAAAACAAGAAAUUACAGGCAUUUGUUAGCCGUACGGGUGAGUCUAAACUUGCAUAUGUACAUCGUGCACUUUCAUUUGCCAGUAUUUUAGCGGGAUGGGUCAAAGUCUGUAUAUCACCGGUAGCCAUGUUUGGAUUCUGCCGUGAACAACAUACUGGUCAGUGUAUUGCUCAUGGUAUUAUGGGAUCAUCCUUCAUCCUCUAUGGAUUCAUCUAUACCCUAGUUCUCGUGAUCCCAUGGAUUAGAAAUGCCAAGACCUCAUAUACUCAAGACCACAUCGAUAGUUGGAUUAUGUGCAUUUGGGGGAUCGUCAACACCUUCACUGAACAUAGAUGGGGUAAAAGCUGGAAGAUGAGUGAGUAUGAACAUACCGCUAUGGGUGUUCUAUGGUGGAGUGGUGGAUUGCUUGGUAUUUUUUUGAGCAGAGGCGGUAGACGUACCUUUAUACCCAGUUUGAUAAUAGUCUUUACUGGUUGGGCCAUGUCACAGCACACCCAAUCCUUGGUUAUAAGUACUAAGGUCCACUUCUUAUUUGGUAUUGUACUCAUGUUUGGUGGUGCUCUCAGAAUUGUGGAAAUCGCAUUCCUCUUAAAAGAUAGAAGAACAUUGGAUAAGAUUCAAUCCUUCCAAUAUUUACCACCAUUUUGUCUCGUAUGCUCUGGUGUCUUGUUUAUGGGAGCCACUGAAGAACAAUUAGAAUUGGUACUAAGAUUCAAAGCUGGGUAUAGCUCCUAUAGUUUGCUGUUAAUUUCAGGUUCGUUUAUGGUUUACUUGUGGAUUUUAAUAUGUCUGGAAUUUUAUUUGCACCUGGUACGAGCUACAGAAGACGGUUUAUUUUAUGGAUAUUCAAGUAUAGCUAACGUGCAUCCUGAGACUGAAUUUGAAUUAGAUGAUGCCAUUCAAGAAGAACAACAAAGUGAUUCUGUGGAGCCUGGACGCCUUGAAACCUAA